AUGUGGAUCCACCGAGAUAAGGCAAAUGAUCAAAGACGUUACAACGCUCCUACAGAAAAUGAGAUAGCAAUUGUAUUUCGAAGCAACAAUGGUGAACCCCCAUUUGAAAGAGAUAUUUCUGUCCACUCAAAGAAUGCACCAAUGCAAAAUAUAUCAAUCUUAAUUCAGCACUGUGAUCCCAUGACUUACCCGAUUUUGUUUCCAUAUGGGGACAAAGGAUGGAUAAGUGGAACGAAAUUGGUAGGUGCUGUCAAGCGAGAAAACUUGACGCACCUCCAAUAUUAUGCUUACCGAUUGGCGACUCGAAAUGAGUUCAAACCUAUCUUCAGUGCUGGAAAACUAUUCCAACAGUACGUGGUGGAUGCGUAUUGCAAGAUAGAAGCUAAUCAAAUUCACUUCCAUAGAUCAAAUCAAGCUCAACUCAGGAGCGAUCUCUACUCUGGUUUAAUGGACCACAUAAAUAAUCUUGCAGAGAACAAAGGUGUAAAGCCUGGUACUAUCUAUAUUUUGCCUUCAACAUUUCAAGGAAGCCCUAGAGCUCAUCAGCAGAACUUCCAAGACGCUAUGGCCAUUGUACGCAAGCACGGUGGACCUGAUGUAUUUAUGACUAUGACCAUGAAUCCAAAGUGUUGUGAAGUAAUGGAAAACUUGAAGCCUGAAGAAAGACCAGAGGAUAGACCUGAUCUGGUUGCACGCAGUUUCAAGGAGAAACUUACAGCACUACUGCAUGACUUAUUCGUGAACAAAGUACUUGGAGUGGUGAUCGCUCAUGUUUAUGUAAUAGAAUUUCAAAAAUGUGGCUUACCACAUUGUCACCUCCUGCUUUUUCUCAGACCUGACGAUAAACCAAGAACUGUUGAAAUUAUUGACAAGUUGGUAUGUUGUGAAAUUCCAGAUCCGGUCGAAAACCCGAGAUUGUAUGAAAUCGUCAAGGCGACUAUGGUUCAAGUACAACGCACAUAUUAA